AUGCGGGAAGGAGCUCUUGGAGUGGAGGGACCUUCUGCCUUCCUGUCCAGUCUCGGCCAGUAUGAGAUUGCCAUCCCAAUACGUGUAGAACCCAAUGGCGAGACUAUGGAUGCAGAAACGCCACAACAUCACAGAAGAAGACGCAGCACUGAGGACAGAGUGCCUGACUCUCUCUUCUACCAGCUGUCCACGUCACGUAACAACUUCCUGCUGAACCUGACGCUGCAGGGAGGCCUGCUGUCCAGGCAGUUCAGGGUCGAGUAUUGGAAGAAAGGUCGUUUAGCCUGGAGUCAUCCCUACUCUCCCCAUUGCCAUUAUGUAGGACACCUCCAAGACCAGCCGCACUCCAGCAAAGUCGCCCUGAGCAACUGUAACGGCCUGCAGGGGGUGAUUGUUGCAGGGGGAGAGGAGUACCUGAUUGAACCCCUUGUCUCACCAGAUAACCAGACCAGGACGGAGCGGGGGGAGAGAACAGAGGGGCGCCCCCAUGUGGUUUACAAGCGGUCAUCGCUCCGCCAUCAAUACAAGGGCAAAUCCUGUGGAGUCGUUGAUGAGAAGCCGAUGAAAGGCGCGUCAUGGUGGCAGCGAACUCUAAAGACGCCUCCCCAUCAUGUCGGUCGUGGCCAGCUGCCUCUAAAGCGCUCAGUUAGCCGCGAGCGCUACGUGGAGACGCUAGUGGUAGCUGACAAGAUGAUGGUGGGCUACCAUGGACGCAGAGACAUCGAGCAGUACAUCCUGGCUGUCAUGAAUAUUGUUGCCAAACUGUUCCAGGAUUCUAGCCUGGGGAAUGCAGUGAACAUUGUGGUGACGCGGCUCAUCCUGCUGAUGGAAGAUCAGCCAACCCUAGAGAUCAACCACCAUGCAGGGAAGUCUUUAGACAGCUUCUGUAAGUGGCAGAAAAACAUCCAGCACCGGAGCAGCUACGGUAACGCCAUCCCAGACAACGGGAUCGCUCACCAUGACACUGCUGUGCUUAUCACCAGAUAUGACAUCUGCAUCCAAAAGAACAAGCCCUGUGAAACCCUAGGUCUGGCUCCAGUAGGAGGAAUGUGUGAGCCGGAGAGGAGCUGCAGCAUCAAUGAGGACAUCGGGCUGGGAACAGCCUUCACUAUCGCCCACGAGAUAGGACAUACGUGAGUG